ACUAGCAUUGGCCCCCAAGGCUUGACUCUUGGUUCACUAUCUCCGGAUGAUACGUAGUCAACGAUCCCAACUCGUCGGUCGUGGCGACUGAUCUGUCGAAUCAAUCGUUGACACUACGCAUUGCUUGCAGUUACCGUCAAAAUUUUCUCGCAAGGAGCCAUUUCUCAGAAUCUUGUCGCGGUCUCAUAAUUCUCAUUCGAGCCCACGAUGUCAGUCGACGUUACCAACGGUGAGUUGACGUUUGGACGUACUGAUUCAAGCAAAUUCAUUGGCGAAAUUGCCUUGCGUGAUCCUCUCACCACCACGGCACCUGCAUCGGGAUUCUGGGGUAUUGACGAGAGCGUCACCUAUGGCACGUUGGGGAUCAGCAUCCUCAACGAGACCGUCGAUGGCGGAGCCACACUCAUCUUGAUCGCCACAGAUGCCACGAUGCGCUACCAGCAAGCCACGGGUGCCGUGUUCGACAAUGCUACCGGUAUGUUCCGCCUCACCCCAGAACAAUUCGCAAACCUGCAGAGUUUGUACUUCCACAUCAAUGGCACGGCGCUUGAGUUUACCGCGAACGCCCAGAUAUGGCCGGCCUCUGAACGCGGCGGCGCCAUCAACCUCGGCUUCGUCAUGAGCCAGACCUUCCUGGAGCGGUUCUAUACUGAUACAACGAACAAGCGGGUGGGAUUCGCUACGACUCCCUGCACCAAUGCGACGACGAACUGAGCGUGUGGUGUCAUGCUUGUGAUCACAGCAUGGCUUACGCAGAAAUUUGACUCUCGAAUUGCACAUUGUAAUGUACACAAAAGAUGCGGUAGCGCAGGUGACCGAGACGAAGAAGGAUAAACAGGCAGUAUAGUAUCGUUGAAGUUGAGUCGUAGUGGCCACAUGUACAACAGUCUGGCCAAUGAAGAGGGCACCAACAAAGAUCAGUUUCCGUGGUAGACUAGACGGCCCUGGCAAGUCUGCGAUGGAUUUGAACUUCGAGAUCCCCGUGCUCGGUUUAGGUUA